UUGCCUCCAUUCCGGUGGACUUGAUACGGCGUCUCCAGUGUCCUCAGGAGAAGACUGUUGCUCAACACUGCGUGUUCAUUCGAGGCGUCUCCUCGUCGUCUCCUGUGUGACGAUCUUUUUUUUUUUUUCAAAAAAGGUAUUUUUGUCACAAGAGGUGACAUUUUCCUGCUAUCUCGCUCGGCCGCUGCACGUCGCCAUGAACGGGAAGUCGGCCAACGGCACGGCGGGGGGAAUGGCGUGUAUCGACGGUCUGCCGCCGCUGCCCAAGAGCCUGAGCGGCUUGCUCAACUCCAGCGGCGGCUCCUGGAGGGACAUGGAGAGGAUGUACGUGAAGAAGACCAUGAUCCAGGACGACCUGAGCCGAGGCAGGAGCAACGCCGACAACCUUCUCGCCAACAAGCCAGCCAGCCUCGACGCCGCCCUGGCUCUCCUGCGGAAAGAGAUGGUGGGCUUGCGGCAGCAGGACAUGUCUCUGCUGUGCCAGCUGUGGUCGCUGCACGAGUCCAUCCAAGAGUACAAGGGCAACUGCCAGGACCUGAGCGCCGCCUCCAGUCUCAGCAUGAUGGACAAUGGCUACUUCGACGAGGACGACGAAUACUACCCGGACACGGGCGCCACGCCCACAGGCGACCAACCGGGGGGAGAGUCUGGAGAAGGGAUGACUACAGCGGGAGCGGCAAAGAAUGGAGGAAGUGUUGGCAAAGACGACAGCUGGGAGUCGUUUCGCGUUAACAUUUGAACCUUUGCUCUCGAGAACCCAUGAUUGUUUGGACGGCAGCAAGAAGGACUUUUGCCAGCCUUUGGUAUGUUUUUACUAUCCUGAAUGGGAAUGUGAGUCCAGCCUAAGUUAAGCGCCUUCUCUGGUUUAUACUGGUCUUGCAGGGGGCGUGGCUUCAUCACCUGAAGCUAACAUUGUCGUCAAACACUCACAAUGGACUUUUUUUUUGGACUUAUUUACUCAAAAAAAAUUUAGUAAUAUACUUUUUUUUUAUAAAAUGCUGCCUCAUCCAGCAGUUUUUCCAUCUUACACCUCAGUGUAUCAAAGUUUUAUUAUUUAUUUCAUAGUAUAAGCAACUAAAUAUCCGCUCUUCUAUUGCUCUGAAAGCGUCGGGCUACAACAUCGGGAACAGUUUGCGGCCAAGAAAUAAUUUAUUUACCAGACCAACCGGGACAACGGUGGUCGUACAGUAGUGAUUUUUUUUUGGUACAACGUCGGAAGUUGUCUCCAAAUUAUUGUCAACUCGUGAGCACCAAUUAGCUGCUCAAAUGUAGCCCCACUCUUAAAACACAGUAUACAUCCUUGAAAGUAGCCGUAAACUGGCAAGCUAGCAAACUGUAGCAAAACAGAUGAAAACGUUAGCAGUGUGCAGGUGAUUACAGGGUCUUUUUCUUACCUCUCUUACGUCAACAGAUGUCAUACUAGCACCGUUUUUACUUGUUCGGGCGCACUGUUAGCACCUGAAUUACCAGCUCUUUGUCUUCCUCCCUUCAAUUUAUUUUGUCUGUUUACGUGACCAAAGAAACGCUCAGCAUGAAAUUUAUCGUACAUGCCGACCACCUAAAAUUCCUCCACAGCUAUUUCUGGAAAUGUAAAAAAAAAAAAAGAAUGUCUCCACGCCGUCUUGAACAUUUUCACUAGAGGGUUUUGCCGUGCCUUUAGUUCAUGUUAAUUAACGCUUGUUUUGUUUACGUUCAAACGCUUGCCACUGACUUACAAAAGAUGGUCUAAAAAAUAUGAUUUGAAAUCGUAAUGUAUUCCUACUGGAUACUUCAUUAGGUAUACCUGAUCAAUGUUGGCUUCAGUCAUUAGUCCGAAAUUUUUUGUUUGUGGAACACAGGUCACAGUUUUAUUUGGGUUGAGCUAAAAUAUUUGCGGGGUUGUAACAGUAAUUGAGAUCUAAGCCUGUGACAGAAAUGGAAUGUAUAUCUAUAAUUUUGUAUCGGUUAUUAUUUGUAUUUAUUUUUUAAACUGUAAUUCACCAAAGCAUCCCAAAUCGGGCUUUCAUAUUGAAAUGCAUUGGAAAACUCUAGAAGCUUCCCUAUGGGCUACAAGGUCUGUAAAUGUGCAACUUAUCCAAUUAGCUUUUGAUUUUUUUUUUAAAAAGCUUUCGAAUUGUUUUUUGGUGUACCUAAUGAAGUGUUUGUCGAUUAUAACGACCCAUACUGGACUGGAGAGCAGCGCGAAACCACAAAAUGAAUUAUGCUUCCAAAAAUAUGUUAAAUGUGUAUAAAUCAUAUCAAAAUAACACUCAAGUGAAUUACUGUAGAAAAUUCGUAAUGAAUGACACCAUCACUGAUGUAUUACUGAAUCUUUUGUCUGACACUUAAUGGACUUUUUCUUGUACUGUAAAGAAUACUUUUUUUUCAGUGUCAUCAAAUUACAGCAGGUAUGUAGUUCAAACAAAGAUCACAAUGAAAAUUAGUAAAUAGAAAAGUGCCCGAUUGUAAAGAAUCCUUUAAAACAAUCCUGAAUCCAGACAGUGAUCCAGAUCACCCCUACAAUCAAAUGACAUGUUGACAUUCCCUGAAAGUUUCAUGAAAAUGAGCCCGUACAUUUUUUACUAUUGUUGCUAACUGAAGAACCCCAGCAAAUACAUAACCUCCUGACGGAGGAAAUAAUGAUAAUAAUAAGAGACUCUCAUUGGAUGUUUUCACUAUCAGUGCCUUUGCAAACCAUCAGGUGACUAAAGAACUAUGAGGACAUAUCACAAGCUACUGACUUUUUACAAAACACUUGCGAGCAUUUUUUUGUAAAUUCCUUUGGUGCAACAUGAGGGACAAAAACAUUAAUGUAGUUCAACAAAUAAAAGACCAGAAUGUACACAUUGAAGCUUGUAAGAUUUACUGUGUAGCCUGUUUUGGUGUGCGUAAGGUAUUACCCUCCCAAAAACGACAUUAAUGAAUAAGGGUGCUCUGCCGCAGUGCAAUCUUUCCCCUGGUCUGCUGAGAAUAAGAAGACAUAGCAGGAGGGGUCAGUUUUGAUACGUUGAUGUUAUAUUUAGCGAGCAUUCCAACCCCGACAUAGUCAGUUUUUUUUUUUAAGUGACUGGUGACAACAGGUGACUUGCUUGUGAUUAAAAACAAAAAAAGUAAUACAAGAAAGUAAAUUUGACUUUGUAAAAUAAUUUUUUGCUCACGUUUUGUCUCAUGCAUCCAUACCAAUUAUUUUCACGUUAUACAAAUUUGAUGACGUCCCCUCUAGCGUGGCCCCCCACGAUCACAACCCACAGAUAGAUGGCAGUCCUGUGUGAAACACUGCAUUCUUGCAAUAUGGCUGAAAAAUAAGUAAACAUACAGCACAAGUGAUUAAAUGUUAACAUGUUAGCACUUGCUCAUAUCAACAAAAAGUAUGUGAUCAUCUGUGUAUCAAAUAAAUCAUAAAUGUGAAAUGUUUUUGAAUAAGUGACCAUCUACAAAUAAUGUUUGGCAUUAUUGUUGUUGUAUGAGUUUUAAUGUUAAACAGCUACAUUGUCAAUGCAAUCAACACAUCUCCUUCAGAUCUAUGUAGACCACAAAGCCAUGGGGCUGUCAUAGCCACGCCAACACUUUGCUGGUUCAGAACAAACAAUUUUCUAUGACAUUUUUAAGUUUAUGUGUAGAAAUAGGCUAAAAGUCAUCCUCCACACCAGCAGAGGGCAGUGUGUUGGCUUUCAGUGAGCGGCGUGGGUGCCAGAAAACGCUCAUUAUUGUGAAUUUCUCAAUGCAUCUGUUUUAUUGAUCAGUUUUGAAAAUUAAAUGAAAUAGAGAAUUAGUUGACUUUUAGCGCACAAUAUCACCUGCGUAGCAAAUAUACUCCACACCUGGAUUGUAGCAUUUUGUGAGCAGACAAAUGAAAUGUCUUAACGUCGCAUAUCGGCGGUUUGCAAAAUAUUAAUCAUGCAUUAAGUCAUUGAUGCACAAUGAAUUUGAAUUCCUGUGUUGCAUAACAAAAUAUUACAAGCAGCGUUGUUUAUUUUUCUGUAAAAAAAAAAAAAAAUACAACCACACUGCUGCUGACAAUUAAAUGAGUACCAUACAUA